AUGCAAGUCAGUUACCUAUUUUUUGUUGUGUUUGUGCUAAUUCUUGGGUCAAAUUCCUUUGUGCAUGCAAACUCAACAAAAUCUAAAGAAAAUACAAAUGUACAGGGGGGAAUAAAAGAAAGUAGGUUUAGAAAGUUUGUAAAUAAUUUAAAUGGAGUAGAACUCAAAUUUCCCAAGAUAUCUAGAAAAAAAUUUGAUGAAAAACAUACUCUUGAAAGUUUAACUACAAGAUUGCAAGAAAUAGAAAAGAUAAGAAAUGGUUCAAAAAAUCCGUUUAAAAAAUUAAGAUGUUACAUUCAAGAAUCGAAUAUUAAGCGCAAGAUCCGUUCAUUACUUAAAGAAAAAGAAGAAGAAGAGAAAUUGGAAAAAUUGGAAGAAGAAUUUUCGAUGGACUAUUCUCCACAAAUAUUGUCUGAAGAGGGGUCUGUGCCACCCUAUAUUCCAGUAGUUGUUGGUAGUUUCAAAGAAAAUACAAAUGCUUCAGAAAGAUCUAUUAGAAAUGAAGAGGGAAAUCAAGCUAAUGAUAGUUCUUUAUCAGAAGAGAUGAUUGAACCUCGUACGGAGGAAUCGGAAGAGGUAGCGAAUCCAAUUACAUCCGAAAUUGACAAAAUUGAUGUCGAAAGUGACGAGGAUAGAGUUCAUGAAGACACAGAAAGUGCUGCUGAAGUCAGUGAGGAAAAUUUAGAAGAUGAACCUGUGACAAAUCUUGAUCAGAGCCAAGCAAUUUCAAAAGAUCAACAAACUAGUUCUAUUUUAAAAGAAAACACAACCGUUGAGGAAAAAAGUGAUCAAGAGAAACAAGGUACUGUUCUGAGACUAUUUUCCAAAUUAUUUAAAAACAAGAAACCAGUAGUUGGUGAUGAUCUUGAAAAAUUAUUAGCGGCUAGAGAAAGCAUUGAAGGCAAAAUCUCCAGUUCCAAGAACAAAAUAGUUAAAAAAUACCUUGAAACAAAACUCCAGAACAUAAAUAAAAGAAUUUCCAAAGUAACGGAAUCUGCAGUAGAUGCAGUUACUGAAUCGGGAGAAAUAGACAUCAACUAG